AUGUCAACAUCCGAAUCAAAGACAAGUGACAAGCCAGUAGAUCCGGAGGCUGACAAGAGCCAAUGGCUUAACGAAAUCUUUGAGAGGGAACCAGAAUUAUCAGUACUUAGAGAAAAAUUAUUACCUCUCACUGGAGGAAUUUCGUUUGCAAAUGUUGUCUUCACGGAUACAAUACAAGAUACAUCAGUAGCAAAUAGGUAUGAAGUUUUGAAUUUAAUAUCUCAGCAUUUGAAACUUCUUGGACUUUAUCAUACUGCAGAUGUUUUAGCGAAUGAAUCGGGAUAUAAAUUUUUAAAUCCACCAAAUGAUGACUGGGAAACGUCAGAUCUUAGGAUGAUUCUCUCACUUUCACUAGGUCUCCGAGAUAAUCCAUGGGACGUUCCUCCUGAGCCGAACCAUCAUUACGUUCCGGAAGAGCAUGAAGAAGAUUACAACGCGUCUCCAUACCGUGAAGAUCCUACAAAGAUCUGGGAAGAAUAUAUGGAUCCGAAUAUCAAUUCUGUUUACGGUGAUAAAUUAUCAUAUAGCAGCCUUAAGGCAUCUUCCCUCCGUAGAAUUGUCGUUAUGAUGGUUCAUCCGAUUAGAGAAAAAACAUUAACUGAUGAUGAUAUUCAUAACAUUUUCUUGUCUCUUCACUCUAUUACUUCCUCCGAGCACUUCUUCGAAUUGUUAAUGCAUCUUUUCUAUCUAAGGGGCCAUCCAACUAUUCUCGAUGACUUAUCUACAUUUGAAAUUCAACCUUUAAGAGUUAACAUCAUCAACCUCAUUAAAAAGUGGCUCACAUUCCACGGCCUGUUUAUCGGAAAGAAGACCCUUAAGCUUAUCCAAGAAUUCCUUAAGACAAUUUCCGAAGAUACAGCACAAUUCCAAUACAUCAACAAAGUUACAGUAUCGUUGCUUGCAUCCAUGCCAACAUUAACUUACGGAAGAAAAUCAGGCUCCUUGACCCAAGAAAAAGAGCGGCCACUUAUACCAGAUCCUCUGAUUAUUCUUUCUUCCGAUCUGAAGUUAUUCGAUCCGGAUUCGAAGGAAGUUGCAAGACAAAUCACUUUACUGAGCUACGAUGUUUUCGCAAGCAUCCAUUCUCUUGAAUUCUUCAAUGCAUUUUCUCCAAAGCACCAGAGAUUCAGUACCCCAACCCUCAACGAAUUCAGCCUCUUCCACGAACGUUUACAGCUUCUAGUUAUGGAAACAAUCGCUUACAGCCCAGAUCCAGCAUCAACUUACAAGAAAGCUAUGAUGGUUUUCGAAAACCUCAAGGAAAUGUGCAAUUUCCAAGCUACAGCAGCAUUUGCACAGGUACUUGGCCGUACAGAUAUUCAAAAAUUAUGUGGAAUCGACGAUAAGGACCAAAAGAAGCCAGAAGACCUAUUCUCUGGUGGCGAAGAUUACGACAAUCGUCUUAAAGAAGCUUACUCCGUUUACAAGAGUGCAAUUCCUAACAUGGAUGUUGAAAUCAAGAACGGAAAGGUUUCAGAAGACGAAAUGCCAGUGUUUCUUGGUGGUCUUAUCAACUGGGAGAGAAUUAGAAAGCUUUCUUCGAAGGUUGCCAUCAUUUACAGACUUCAGAACACAAAAGUUAACUUUUACCCAGUUUCUCAGAUCCAGAAGGUCAUUACACGCGGUGCAAUUCAUGACGAAAGAGAGAUUGAACUGCACAUCAACCUUCGUAGCGAUGUAAUUUUAGAGAAAAAGUGA